AUGGCUUACCGCGGGGGGCACGAGAACGACUAUGACGGCCACAACAUGCAGGACCUUCCUGCUGGUUCUGGCAGGUACCACCUGCCACCCCAGGACGAGGGCGUCGACGAUGCCGGCCAGUCUCUCCUGAGAGACCCUCACGCACCUGCUCCUUACGAGAGCCACCUCGGCGCCGGCGAGACCCCCGGCCGCCCCGUUUCCGCAUACAGUCUCACAGAAUCAUAUGCGCCUGGCGCCGGUGCUCGGACACCAGUUCCCGGCGAGACCGCCUUUGCUUCCGGCUUCAGCCACGAGCUCGACUCGGACGCCAAUGGAGGCGGCUUUGGCUACGGCCGUCCCGCCUCCACCGUCGAUGCCGACGAGAGCUGGACCCGCAGACAGCAGCCAGGCAACCAAGGUGGCGGUCUGAAGCGCUACGCGACCCGUAAGAUCAAGCUCACCCAGGGCUCCGUCCUGAGCAUCGACUACCCCGUCCCCAGUGCCAUCAAAAAUGCCGUCCAGCCAAAGUAUCGCGACGUCGAGGGCGGCAGCGAAGAGUUCAUGAAGAUGCGUUACACCGCCGCUACUUGCGACCCCAAUGAGUUCACCCUCAAGAACGGCUACGAUCUGCGUCCCCGAAUGUAUAACAGACACACUGAGCUGCUCAUUGCCAUCACCUACUACAACGAGGACAAGAUGCUGCUGUCCAGAACCCUGCACGGUGUCAUGCAGAACAUCCGCGACAUCGUCAACCUCAAGAAGUCCACCUUCUGGAACAAGGGUGGCCCCGCCUGGCAAAAGAUUGUCGUCUGCCUCGUUUUUGACGGUAUCGAAAAGACCGACAAGAACGUCUUGGACGUUCUGGCCACUGUCGGUAUCUACCAGGAUGGUGUCGUGAAGAAGGAUGUCGACGGCAAAGAGACCCUUGCCCACAUCUUCGAGUACACCUCGCAACUGUCCGUCACCCCCAACCAGCAGCUCAUCCGCCCUGUCGACGACAGCCCCUCGACCCUGCCUCCCGUGCAGUUCAUCUUCUGUUUGAAGCAGAAGAACAGCAAGAAGAUCAACUCCCACAGAUGGCUCUUUAACGCCUUCGGCCGCAUCCUGAACCCCGAAGUCUGCAUCCUGCUCGAUGCCGGUACCAAACCCAGUCCCCGAUCGCUGCUCGCCCUUUGGGAGGGUUUCUACAACGACAAGGACCUGGGUGGUGCCUGUGGUGAGAUCCACGCUAUGCUCGGCAAGGGAGGCAAGAAGCUUCUCAACCCCCUCGUCGCCGUCCAGAACUUCGAAUACAAGAUCUCCAACAUCUUGGACAAGCCUCUCGAGAGUUCGUUCGGUUACGUCUCCGUGUUGCCCGGUGCCUUCUCCGCCUACCGUUUCCGAGCCAUCAUGGGCCGCCCGCUUGAGCAGUACUUCCACGGUGAUCACACUCUGUCCAAGAUUCUCGGUAAGAAGGGUAUCGACGGAAUGAACAUUUUCAAAAAGAACAUGUUCUUGGCCGAGGAUCGUAUCCUCUGCUUCGAGCUGGUUGCCAAGGCCGGCCAGAAAUGGCACUUGUCCUACAUCAAGGCCGCCAAGGGUGAGACGGACGUUCCCGAAGGCGCGGCCGAGUUCAUCAGCCAGCGUCGUCGUUGGCUCAACGGUUCCUUCGCCGCCUCUCUCUACUCGCUUAUGCACUUCGGUCGCAUGUACAAGUCGGGCCACAACAUCAUUCGCAUGGUAUUUUUCCACAUCCAGCUCAUCUACAACAUCCUCCAGGUUCUCUUCACAUGGUUCAGCUUGGGUUCUUACUACCUGACUACAACGGUCAUCAUGGACCUUGUCGGAAAUGCGGUCGUUUCCGACGACCCCGAGUUGGCCCGUCACGGCUGGCCUUUCGGCGACACGGCGACACCCAUUGUCAACGCCCUGCUCAAGUACCUCUACCUGGCUUUCGUCAUUCUGCAGUUCAUCUUGGCUCUGGGUAACAGACCCAAGGGUUCCAAGUACACGUACAUCGCCUCCUUUGUCGUCUUCGGUCUCAUCCAGUCUUACAUCCUCGUUCUCUCCAUGUACCUGGUUGUUCAGGCUUUCCAGAAGCCCAUUGGCGAGCAGAUCAGUCUCGAUUCCGGCGCGGACUUCGUCGCUAGUUUCUUCGGAGGUACGAAUGCUGCUGGUGUCAUUCUCGUCGCCUUGGUCACCAUCUACGGUCUUAACUUCAUCGCCUCCUUCAUGUACCUCGACCCUUGGCACAUGUUUACCUCGUUCCCGCACUACCUCGUCCUCAUGUCGACCUACAUCAACAUUCUCAUGGUCUACGCCUUCAACAACUGGCACGAUGUGUCCUGGGGUACGAAGGGCUCAGACAAGACCGAGGCGCUACCUUCUGCACACGUCAGCAAGGGUGAGAAGGAUGAGGCUGUCGUGGAGGAAAUCGACAAGCCACAAGAGGACAUUGACAGUCAGUUCGAAUCGACUGUCAAGCGUGCUCUGGAGCCCUUCAAGCCCGAGGAAGAGGCAGACAAGCCUGACAUUGAGGAUUCCUACAAGUCUUUCCGUACCGGUCUGGUCGUGUCUUGGCUCUUCUCCAACACCUUCCUGAUCAUUGUCAUCACGAGCGAUAACUUCGACUCGUUUGGCAUUGGCGAUACCGCAUCCAAGCGCACCGCCUCGUACUUCAGCUUCUUGCUCUACUCCACUGCCGUCCUUUCGCUGGUCCGUUUCUUCGGAUUCCUCUGGUUCCUUGGCAGAACCGGUAUCAUGUGUUGCUUUGCCAGACGGUAG